AUGGGCAACGGUGUGUCUAGCGAGAUGGAAAUCUUCGCCGAGGGCGAGCUGGAGGCGGAGCUCAAGCGCCUCGGCGGCACGGGCGAUGCCAGCGUCAAGCAGCUGGUAGGCAAGGGCUACCGCGACGUGGUGCAGCUCGUGAUCCGUCCCAAGCGCGCGCGCUACAGCGUGCACGAGCUCGGGCCCGAGCGCUUCCAGGUGGCGGAGCUCUCCGUGGACCCGACGCAGGACGACGUGACGGAGGCCAGACGCAGAGACUUCGACCUGGUGAACGACCGCGGCCUGCGCGUGUGCUGCUCGCACUGGCAGCUCUUCGCGCGGGGCAGCAGCACGCCGGCCGUUACGCCCUGCCUGAUCUACCUGCACUCCAACGUCGGCUCGAGGCUGGACGCUCUGCGCGUGCGCGACGCGGCGCUCAAGCGCGGCUUCUCCGUGCUGGCCUUCGACUGCUGCGGCUCGGGCCUGUCGGACGGCGUGUACGUGACCAUGGGCUGGAACGAGUCCGUGGACCUGCUGGCCGUGCUGCAGAGCGUGGAGAAGGACGACUCCGUGUCGGACAUUUGCCUCUACGCGCACAGCAUGGGCGCCUUCCCGGUCGUGACCAACCUCGCUAGUCGCGCGGCGGGAGCUGCCAACAAGAAGAUGCAGGCCAAGCUGCAGACGCUGCCGCACGUGCUGCGAAUGGGGCAAGGCCCCAAGCUGCUCAAGCCUAUCCGCGCUGUAGUGCUCGACAGCGGUUACGCGUCCAUGAAGGAGGUGAACGAGGGGCUGCUGCGGGAAAUGCAGCAGGAGGGAUUCCCCGUGCCCAAGGCAGUGAUGAAGGUGGCUGUGACGGCUAUCAACAAGAGCGUCAGGAAGCGCACGGAGGUGGACAUCGAACUGCUGCGCCCCGUUGACUUCGUGGAGCUCUGCUAUGCCCCCGCGCUGUUCGUCGCUGCAAACAACGAUCGCUACGUGUCCAAGGAGCAGAGCGAAGAACUUGCCAGCAAGUAUGCUGGCCCGUCCAAGGUCCUGCGCGUUGAGGGCGAGCACUACGAUGCUCGUGACCCCUCUGCGUACACACAGGCGGUAGACUUCCUGUACAACGCGCUGCACCCGAAGAUGCCGUAG